UCAAUGUGCCAAUGGAAAUAAUACAUAAAAAUUGUAUCCUUAUGUAAAAUGUAUUUAUUAAUAGAUUCUACAGAGCUUAGGAUGACAUGAAACCAGCAUACAGCAUGAGAUUUAUUAAAAUCACAAAAGAAAUAGGCACCAUCGGGUGGAAACAAAAAGAUUAUAUACAGCAUCACUUUUUGGUGAUUAUUGUUUACUUCUUGGGGUUCCACCUCUUGCAACUGACUUUAAGAAUUAAGAGCUUAGUCAUUUAAACUUUGUUUUUAACAUUUUAUAAAAAAAAAAGCAAUCCGUCUCUGCCUCUGUUAGUGACAGACUCCAGUAUAUUCAUUCAGCAGAAGUCUCUGAAUAUAUGACAUAGUUAAAAUAUUUUUAAUAUCCCUGAACCUAUAAAAACAGAUAGUCUUCUCUUUUAAUGCACCUACAUUAAAAAGAAUUUUGAUCUCAAGAAAAUACAGUCUGAAUGACACUGGUUUAGUAACUAGUACAGACCAUGUGCAGGAGUUUUCUUGGAAUUUCUUGAAACCUUAGCUGGUUAUUUUCAUUCAGUCCUUAUUUUUUCUCAAGAACCUUUAUUGAUUUGAUUUCAUUUUUGCCAAGCCUGUUCACAUUGGUUCUACCUGUUCCUGGAAAUGUUUUUUCCUUUCUACAUCCCAGUUAGGUCGAAGGGGAGAAAAGAGCAGGUUCCGGUCAGUGGUCACAGUGAUGAGUCUCCUCUUCUGUCUCACCGAGGACUUCUCACGUGGAAUCACUCUAAGUGAGGGCAGGACAGGGGGCCAUAGGACAAGAGUGAGGGGACAGGGGGCAGGCUGUCUAUUUUCACCUGCAGUUAUCUGCUGGUGUAAAUACCUUCCUUAUGUCGUCAAGUACAACACUUGCUGCUGAUUUUCAAGUCGAUCUUUUGUGUUACUAAUUCAUUACAUAAAAAUAAUCAGGGUUAGUCUAGAAUGUAUGGAUUAAGUUAGCAUAGUUCUGUAUUUAGAACAAGUUAUUACAGGCCUCUAAUGUGAGAAUUCUCAGGUUUUCGGGGCUUUACUAAAACACCACAGCAUUCUCUCAUUCACAGUUAAACCUGAAACCUUGCCUAUAAGGACAGCAGUCUUACAAUGAAAGUUAAUGCGUGCAAACAUCAACUCAACAGGGCUCUUUACAGGUUUAAUAAAAGAAAAUUCAACAUAGCUGUGUCUUAGUUCUUCCCAGGACAAAGGACAAUCAACUAGUAACAACUUAGAAGAUUUUGCACCAUUAUUAACAGGCUUGAUUUUUUCGGAUUUAGAAUCUAACCUUGCAUCCAAUAUAUUGAAUUUCUUGAGAAGACAUAUUCACCGUAUACAAAAUCGACUACAUUCUAGGCCAUAAAGUUCUCUUGACGCUUCGAUGUCCCAGACGGUAAAGAACGAAGGGAAAGGAGCAAAGAGAAGAGCCCCUGAAGAAGAGAACGGCAGCGAAGAGCUUGUGGAAAAGAAAGUUUGUAAAGCCUCCUCGGUGAUCUUUGGUCUGAAAGGCUACGUGGCUGAGCGGAAGGGCGAGCGGGAGGAGAUGCAGGACGCCCACGUCAUCCUGAACGACAUCACUGAGGAGUGCAGGCCCCCAUCGUCCCUCAUUACCCGGGUUUCAUAUUUUGCUGUUUUUGAUGGACACGGAGGAAUUCGGGCCUCAAAAUUUGCUGCACAGAACUUGCAUCAGAACUUGAUCAGGAAAUUUCCUAAAGGAGAUGUAAUCAGCGUAGAGAAAACCGUGAAGAGAUGCCUUUUGGACACUUUUAAGCAUACUGAUGAAGAGUUCCUUAAACAAGCUUCAAGCCAGAAGCCUGCCUGGAAAGAUGGCUCCACUGCCACGUGUGUCCUGGCCGUGGACAACAUCCUGUACAUCGCCAACCUCGGAGACAGUCGGGCAAUCCUGUGUCGGUUUAAUGAGGAGAGUCAGAAGCACGCGGCCUUAAGCCUCAGCAAGGAGCACAACCCCACCCAGUAUGAGGAGCGGAUGAGAAUACAGAAGGCCGGCGGGAACGUCAGGGACGGACGUGUCUUGGGUGUGCUGGAGGUGUCGCGCUCCAUCGGGGACGGGCAGUACAAGCGCUGCGGGGUCACCUCUGUGCCAGACAUCAGACGCUGCCAGCUGACCCCCAACGACAGGUUCAUUUUGCUGGCCUGUGACGGCCUCUUCAAGGUCUUUACCCCGGAAGAAGCUGUCAACUUCAUCUUGUCCUGCCUGGAGGAUGAGAAGAUCCAGAGCCGAGAAGGGAAGCCCACAGUGGACGCGCGCUAUGAAGCAGCCUGCAACAGGCUGGCCAACAAGGCGGUGCAGCGGGGCUCGGCGGACAACGUCACGGUGAUGGUGGUGCGGAUAGGGCAGUGAGGGCGCGGCGAGGCCAGGGGCGCAGCAUGUGCUGACUUCAGAGGUUCAUUGUGUGUGUGUGUGUGUGCACAUUACGUGUGUUUCGUGUACUCCUGUGGGACUCCCAUGGUUGUAAAUAAAGGUUUCUUUUUUUUUU